AUGGCUGACGCUGCUCCUCUCCGACGCUCAAAGCGGCCGAGCACUGCCAUCUCACCAAUCAAAAAUUCACAGGACAAUGAACAAAAGCCCGAGACAAUGACACCUUCGAGGAAGCGACCGAUAAAGAAAGCUAGAUUCUCGGACUGUGCAUUACUCAACAACUCUUCUGCGUCAGGUUCUACUGGUUUGACUCCUUGGGUUGGAAAGACUACAUUGAAAACUCCAAAGAGGAGAGUUUCCACCCCAGCACCAACUCGACAUCAAGACCAAGACUAUGACUAUGUCCAAUUCACACCUUAUCGACAAGAUCUUGACUCGCGAACCAUUCGAAGAAUCCGCCGCUAUGGCCUCAGCGAAGAGAUGCAUCAACAACACGAUGAGAAGAAGAAACUAGCAGACCUACAGCACCAACUCGACCAGAAGGAAGAGGAGCUGCAACACCUUAGAGCUGAGUUAGCAAAGGUCAACAGUGUUGCUAGCCAAGAGAAAGUCGAUGAAGCCGAGGCCCAAGUUGCACAGUUGAGACAGAGCUUUAGCGAGAUUGCAGAGCCAGUCUCGUGGAAACAUGUCCCUACAAAUGCUCCCUCUGGUCCUGCAAGUGACGGCGGUGAUACCUUCUGCAUCUAUGAGGACACAGCUGCAGAUACGAAUGAUGAAGUACCGGGACCAGGCAGCGAUGAUGCCAUUGCUAUGGGUCUUGAAUUGGAAUCAGCCCGUCAAGCCAAAGAAUCAUUUUUCCGCACCUCUCAGACUACCUCAGCAAACAACUUGAAUUUUGUCGAUUCUCCGAUUCGUACUGCUUCGAUCGCUUUGGAUAUUCCAGCAGCACCAAACUCGUUCUACCAUGAUCUAUCGAAACAAUUGAAGGGUGCAGUUAGCCGAGCUGAGGACGCAGAAGUCGCACUUAUAGCCAUGAAUUUGGAAGUCCAGAGUUUGGGCUUUGGGUCUGUCGAUGAUGACACAGCCACUUGUAUUUCUAAUAUCAAAGCUCAGUUCCGGGAGAUGCGUCUAUCUUUGGAGCGUACAGUUCCUGGUGAGACGGUCAGUGCAUUCGACAAUGCCAAGUUACUCCCUGAAAUCAUGUCGAAACUCAAAUCGGUGGCACUAAAACUUCAAGAUCGUGAAGCUGAGCUCAAGUCAAUGAGAAAUCAACAGCGCACCCUCAAAGGCAAUUUCGAUCAUGCUAUCCUUGCAGCAGAGAAGGUCAAUUUUCGUGUGAAGGAACUGGAAGACAUAAUCGAUAAGAAUGCUGAAGAAAUGUUGGAGAUACGUAUGCGAGCUCAAGCCGUUGUACGUGAAUCUCAAGAACAUGCUUCAAACAACCGCUCCCUUAUCACAGCAAUCGAGAAAUACCGACAAGAAGUCACGAGACUUGAGCAACUGGUGGAGCUGAUCGAGUCCGAACAAGCGGCAAGACUUCAAGAUGUCAGAACUGCAACUUUUGAAGAAUUAUCACAGCAGAUGUCGGACACGGAAGCGAAAGCGGCAGCAGAAACUAGAGGUCGCCGAGCCGCUGAAGAGUCCGCCGUAGAUCGCUUGAGGAAGAUCAACGACUUGGAGGCCGCGUUAGCUACUGCUCGACAGCACUCUGAAGAUGUCAAGCAGCAGCUCAAGGUCCUCGAGAAGCAACUCGCCACUUCCAAUGCCAACCACCAGGAAGAGGUUGGAGGUCUCAACUCGAGAAUUUCUGGACUUUCGACCGCAUUGGCAUCGGCAAACGCAGAGGUCGAUAAGUUGAAGAAGAUCAAUAGCAAGCUCGAGGAGCGUUACAAGAACGAGGUUGACCAAGGUGCCCAAACUCUGGAGAGAAUCCAAAACGAGUACAUCCGAAGCAUUAGCAAGAUCAACGAAGAACGCAAGAGCCAUAUCCGGGGCUCUAAAGUUCGUUAUGCCAACUGGAGUCUUUUCAGUGACGAACUCACCUCAGACGAUGCGGCACCCAUGACACCCGCCAGCAUCGUUCGAUUCGCCGAAUACGCCGACAUAGAAGAUACCUCUGAUGACCAUGUCGCAGGGAGCGUUGAAAUGUCUCGAGGCAAAAAGUCUCGACGCAGUUCAGAAGGUCAAGGUCUUAGUAUCAGCAAACGUGGUCGGAGACGCUACGAUAGUGGCAUUGGGAUGGAUUCUUUGAGUGAGGCAGAUGAAGAUGGCAUGACUUCUGAUCCCAUCACUCCGGAUUUUGGUUCAGAAGCAGAUGUUGAAAUCGAUGCUGGAAUGGAUGUGACGGCUUGA